AUGUGCGGACAUGUGUCGCGGCCGAGAGCUAGCCAGAUGGUACCUGCCAAGAGGAUCCAUCUCGUACGAGCGUCGACUCCGCCUAUUACCUGUCGGGUCCGAAACACGUCAUUAUCACCUAGCUCCGACAUGUCCCCCCAAGGCUUAUCGAGCCUGCCGGUAAUCGACAUCUCGUCCUUUCUUGAGGUCGGUGUGGUUGCAGGAGACUCUCACCCCUCCGCGGCAUCGGACCCGGACCGCACAUCCCGGCAAAGUGCGGUAGCUGCGUCAAUCCACGCCGCUUGUCGAGACUAUGGCUUCUUCUACGUUACCGGCUUCGACUCGGUGAUCAGUCGCGAAGAAAGACAAAGCUCGCUCGCAGUCGCACGCCAGUUCUUUGAUCUGCCAGAGCCAAUUAAGCAACGCGUGCGGAUCGACAAGGGCGGCGACGGCGCGAGAGGGUGGCAGAAGCUGGGCGAGAACGUCACGCAGUACCAAGGUUAGUCAUACAAGCCACUACCGUGUGGCUUCGGUGGUCUUUCUGGCCCAUGUACUGCGCCUCGGUCGGCGUAGCGCGGGGUCCGACGGAGCAGCUGCGCGGGCUGUGACCGCGUGACCCCCACAUACUAUUAGCGGUGCAGCCCGGGCCCUAAACGCCGCAACCUGACUCUUGCCAUUCUCCUCGUUCAACACUAGCUGAUCACCACGAGGGGUACGAUCUCUGUGAGUCUGGCGUCCUCCACGUUCUAGGAUUCACCUUUUGACCGCAAGUUACGUUUCUGUUUCAGAUCGGCCAGUCAAGAAUCCUGAUGCGACCAAGCUGCUGCACGGCCACAACCCGUGGCCGGUCGAGCCCGCCAACUUCCGUCCCACGCUUGAAAGGUGGAUCGAAAAAUGUCAGAUCAUCGGUAUGGCCUUGAUGCAAGCCACCGCACUUGGACUGGGCAUGGCCCUCGAUAGCGACGAGUGGAAGCACCUCCGAGCGUCCGUGGACGAGAGUUUCUGGGUGAUGAGGUGA